AUGGCACCCGAUGACCACAAGAAAGGUUUCCAAGUGGAGGAGGAGGAAGUGGGAACACCAGAAUCAUCAUUGACGCCUGUCAUUACCAAUGAGACUAGACGGUCUCAACAGUUGGAGACAUCAGAAACGCCGGAGACUGUCGCGCAAUUACAAAAGUUGCCCACUGCAAGAAGCCGUCGUGACUCGCACAUGGGAGAAGCCCUAGAACAUCUAUCGCGAACACUUUCCGUGAAUCAAAAUGGAAAAACGGAAGACGACCUAGAAAAGGUGAACUCACGCAUGGAACGCACUGGAACCCGUCGUUCAGCCAGAUAUCCCUCGCCGACACGAAUGUCGGAUCUGGACGAAGAGGCAGGAAGUCCAGCCUUCAAGGCUCAAGGAGUUCCUCCCGAGCUUGGGAGCUUCACGGCAGAGGUAAUCUUCAUUCUGGUCUGUUCUGCCGGACUGUUGUUGUAUUCCUUUUUCCUAGGCGAUAUCACGGUCAAUCAGGAAGAGUGCAAACGGGCGCUUGGAAUCAGCAACAGUGAGCUCCCCUGGCUCAUUGGCUCAUUCACGCUACCACUCAGUCUUUCGGUUGUGGUAUCGGGCUCGUUGAAUGACCUGAGCCCUCCGCGGACGCUGAUGAUUGGGGCGUUCACCUGGCUCACCGUCUGGAAUGUGGUCGGCGUCUUUUCAGUCACCCCGAGCAGAGCAAUUCUCUUCUACAUUGUGCGUGCAAUGCAAGGCCUUGCUGUGGGUGUUCUGGUCUCCGGAUCAAUGAGCAUCCUCGGUCGGAUUUAUACUCCUGGCCUGCGCAAGAAUCGGGUGUUCUCGGCGAUGUCAGCGACAGCCCCCUUUGGCUUCUGGUUGGGUGGUAUUCAGGGCGGUGCGUUGAAGUCCUAUCUGAAUUGGAUCUUUGGUUCCAACGCGAUAAUCUGCGCCCUUUGUCUGGCGGCCGCCUGGUUCACCAUGCCCUCGCUCCGUCCGGUUGCUGAUAUUGUCGGUGGCGAUGCGCCGACGAUCCGCGAGUUCGACUUCAUUGGAGCGUCCUUCAUCGCUACUGGCUGCAUCUUGGUUCUCUUUGGCCUUACACAGGGAUCUGUGGUGAUGUGGGCACCUUACACCUACGCUUUAGUUGUCGUGGGUGUGCUUCUGGUGAUUGCAUUUUUCUUCAUCGAGCGCUGGGUAAAGCGACCCCUCAUCCCUAACGGCCUAUGGAAGAUCAAAGGAUUUACCCCGUUGAUGAUUGCCUACUUCAUCGGAUAUGGAGGCUUCCAGGGGGGCUGGCAGUUCUAUGCCGUUCAAUUCUGGCUUCGAAUCCAGCAGAACAGUCCACUCACAGUGGCCCUCUACCUGCUGCCCAACGCCAUCGUAGGUGUGUUGGCGACAUGGGUUGUCAGUCGAACCCUCCACAUUGUCCCGGGGCAUUACAUCUACCUCACUGCAAUGAUUGCCUUUGCCACAGGGCCCGCCUUUUUCCUUCCGCAAACACCGAACACACCGUACUGGCCACUCUCUUUCCCCGGCGUGGCACUCGUCACCUUUGGGCCCGAUCUCUCAUUCGCCGCAGCGUCGAUUUACAUCACAAGUAAUGUCCCUCGCUCGUACCAGGGUAGUGCCGGUAGCUUGUUGGUGACCAUGCAAAAUCUGAGCUCGGCCGUGAUGACCGCUGUCGCCGAUGCAAUUGGCACCAAGGUUGAUCAAGGGCCAGAUGGCAACAUUGGGCUCAAGGGCAUACAUGCCAUUUGGUGGUUUGCACUUGCAUGCGAAGUAGUUGCGGCGUUGAUCACCUUGACCUGGGUCCGAAUUCCCAAGGAGGAGGAGAAAGAGCAUGUUACCUGA